AUGUCUAAAUUGAAUAGGCACAAAAACAUCAGGUUCCACAAACCUGCUGAGUUUCAGAAAGCAGCAGAGGAGGUCAAACAGCUGAAAGCGAAACCAGCGGACGCUGAGAUGCUGGAAAUUUACAGUCUGUACAAACAGGCCACCGUAGGAGAUGUUAACACAACUCGACCAGGCAUGUUAGAUUUCACUGGCAAGGCCAAAUGGGAUGCAUGGGAGGCCAAGAAAGGUAUGAGUAAGGAUGAUGCUAUGAAAGCAUACAUUGCUAAGGUAGAAGAGCUGAAGGGGAAAUACGGAAUCUAAUAGACGGAACCUAUCAUGGCCAGCCUGCCUUUACCUGUACUGUUCUCCCAUAAAGUGCCUUUAGGCCUCCAGUGUGUCCCCUCACAAGGGUGUUACAGUUAUGCUGUAGCAUGCAGACUCUGUUCUGUGUGAGAGAAUAGGCACAUUCCUCGCAGGCCAAAAGAAAUCGUCCACCAGUAACCAUGUAGUGAAAGCCCUAAUGAAGUCAGAUUUAUGCAAUGCCAUAAAAUAACUUUUUUCAAAAA